GGUGUAUUGUGAGUUGUCUACACCGCCGAUUGUAUUGUCAAAUUAUGUCAAUAUUUUUAUAGCCAAAAAAAAACAAUUUAAACAAUAAAAAAUGGCAUUUACGUUAUGGAAUUUGUUCGAAGCAUCGAUUCUCUGUUUGAAUGCAAUUUGCAUUUUGCACGAGGAGCGUUUUUUAGCUAAAAUUGGUUGGAGUUCAAAGAGUCCCAAUGUUCACGGCUUUGGGGAAAACCCAUCAGCAAAGUCCCAAAUUUUGAAUUUGGUUCAUUCAAUUAGGACUGUAGCAAGAAUUCCGUUGAUAUUUUUAAACAUACUUACUAUAGUCAUUAAGCUAGUAUUAGGAUAAUCAUGUAUUAAAAAAAUUGUUUCUGUACUGUUUUUCUAAAUAAAAAAUUUACCACAA